AAUAAACACCAAGGGAGGAUCUUUGUAAAACUACAGAGCAACUUCCUAUUUUUUUAAUUAUAACUUUUCCGAAAUAAUGAUCAUUCAAUUUAUAUAUGACUAAAUAAUAACACCAUACACAGGCUUCAUAACAAAUGGCUAGUGUAUGUUGCUUACAAGACUCGUCGUCGUUAUACAUAUUUGCCGUUUUAAAAUCUUUUUUCGGGAAUUAGGUUCCUGACGGCGAGAAUAGCACAAAACAGUUCAGAAAUCGUUUUCCAGGCAACAAAUACUAAACAUGAAACUAUUCCUUCAUCUAGUAACAAUAUGUGUUUACUCUCAAGUUGUGAAAGGAGAAGAAAUAUUUCCAUUAACUGGCGGCCAACCUGUGACUAGAGGUGACAAAACAAAUCACAAAGUCACACUUCCGUCUAACAUCAAGUUUCCGUUCAUGGGAACCAUCUACGAAGAUCUUUAUGUAUCUAAGGACGGUCUAGUUGGAUUUGCUCCAGGGACUCUUCAUCAAACAGAAAUAUUUACUGAAACUCUAACCAAAGAGGACCCGGCAUUUGCUGCUCCAUAUUAUUUUUCUGCACAGGACAUUGGUUCUAACUUGAAUGGCAAGCCAUACACUGGUCAGGUUUUGUAUAGAGGAGAAUCUGAUAUACCUUUAGGGGAGUUAUCAAACUACUCCUCUAUCAUUCAGGAGUCUAUGGUGGGGUUAGAGUACCAGUUCGAGGCUUCGUAUGCUUUGGUGGUCACGUGGAAGGAAGUCAUAUCUAAAACUGAUGUUUUGAAAAGUUGUAGCUCCUGCAAGACUAAUACAUUCCAAUUAGCAAUGCUGACCGAUGGUACUUCAAGUUUUGCUAUAUUCAACUAUGUUAAAAUGGAUAUUACACCAGACAAAUUUACUCAGUCCGGUUUUAAUGCUGGUGAGGGGAGAGGAUACACAACCGCAUUAAACGCUAGACAAUUGCAAUAUGCCUUGAAUUAUUAUGGAAGUGAUUCAAAGGGAAGGUAUAUCUUCAAAAUAGAUGGAGAACAAAUACAACGUGGUGGAUGCUCAAUGGAUACACGUGGAGGUGUUCUUAAUAUUUACCCAACAUAUGCUGGAAUGCUUGGUGGUAAAAUGCUGGAUAUAUCUGGUCCAUGUAUGCAACGUAGCACUCGUCAACCAAUAGUGAAGUGUAGAUUUGGAGGCAAAGAUGAUUUAGUUACAUACGGCUAUAAAGUUAAUUCUAUGAAAGCAAGAUGUUCUGUUCCACGGAUGUCCAUACGGGGAUGGAUAACUGUGGAGAUGUCGAUCGACAACAAACAGUAUUCACACAGUACACAAAUACUUAUAGUUAAUCCAGGCAAAGUAUCUGGUGCGGAGAGACUACAGUUACCAUACAUGGGACAGGGACAGGGUUGGAACGAGACAGUCACAACACAGUUAACUUUGAAAUGGAACAGUUCUUUGCUGACAAAUAACGGAAAUGCAAACAUCAAUAUUUCAUUGAUGGGGUAUAAGGAAAAUAGUAAUGGGAUAACCUGGCACAAUCUAAGAAAUAUAGGAAGUAUUCGAGCAUCAGCUGGGCAGUUUACAUUUCAGACAAGUGAUAUAAAUUGUAUAGGUGCUAUUUGUGAUGAGUAUGAAAUUGGAGUUGUUAUGGCUGAACUACAAGAUCAAAAACAGGCCACGUUCUACAGAUUCAUAAUAAGCAAGUUAAUACCGCUAGGAUUUUUUGUAAACAAUGCAAUGGUCAUGAAACUAGGUGAUAAUUGGCCAAGUCAGAAAUGUAAGAUGUGGCAUGAUAAGGAUAAACAGGAUAUGGGCUGGCUUAAUGAAGUAGAGAGUUGUCCAUGUACACUAGUACAAGCUCUAAGUGAUGUAGGACGUUUUUACUCUGAUGCUGGAUGUUACCUGUAUGAUAAAAGAACCAGUAAAUGCAGAUACCACGAAGGAUCUGUCCAUUGUGUGCGUUCUGUUCAACCUACAAAAUCCGGUGCCGGAAACCAGUGUUGCUAUGAUGACAGAGGUAAUCUAAGGUAUGCAGCUGAUAGUUUUAGAGGAAGUACUCCAGAUAAAAGUCAUGGUUUAGGUGCCGCUCCUUUUGGUCGGCUUGACCUUGUUCCUGACAUGUCUCACUGGGUAUUAGAUAUUGCUUCACUCUUUCAAUGCUGUAUGUGGACUGACUACAAGGACUGUGACUAUUAUAUGGACCAACGACCAACCAUCGACUGUAAAGGAUAUAAUCCUCCAACACCAGCGAUGGUUUUUGGUCAAGGUCACAUUGAAACGUUUGAUGGGAUGCAUCAACGUAUGUGUGGUCAUGGCGAUUUCCUAUUGAUGAAUACUACGUUACCGGAUAAUAGUGUUGUCACAGUUCAAGGACGAUUUUACGAAAAUGUUUUCCCUGAAAUUGUUGGUGAAAGAGGAAACACCUCUGUCGUGUUAACCAAUGUAGGCAUUCGUGUUGUUCGUGGUGGUUCUACAGAGACUGUAGAAAUAAGACUAAAAUUGCCAACAACAGAUAGGAGUGCACGUUAUCUUGAUGUUCUCGUCAAUCAGCAUUAUCAUUUUUUCGAGUCUAAACAAUCCUACUGGCAGGAUUUUAAAUCAUUUACGGUUGUGAACACGGACGAGACGGGUAAAGAAGCUAACUUCACAGUUAUUCUAAAGCAGUAUGGACUAGCUAUACAGGUUGCUGAUUGUGACAAAACAUUGUGUGUUUUAGUUGUGGCACCGCCUUCAUUUCAGGGAAAAGUACAAGGCCUGCUUGGGAACUUUAACGGGAAUGCCACAGAUGACUUGCUACAUGUAAAUUAUACAAUUACUGAACAGAUGAAACAAGACAAAGUUGAUGAUUUAACGCUUUAUCAGUUUUUCAAAUAUCCAUGGGCAACGCAGGAGAAAGACAGCGUUUUACCAAUCUUUGUCUCUCCAAGUUAUGACCCGCACAUUUGUUCAGCAGAUCAACCUAAUAGAACACCUCUUCAGGAAUGUAACAAUAAUAAGCCUUGUUUGUUUGACUAUAGUGCUACUGGUGGCAAGGCUAUUGCAUUAAGAACUAAAUCAAUGUCUAUGAGAAUUCACGAACUACGACAUUUUCUUACACCAGUUAGGUCGUGUGGUCUUCUCAAUGUUCCGCGUAGUUUCAAGAGUAACACGAAUUACUUACUAGGACAGACAGUAACUGUUGAGAGUUGUAGACAGGGAUACUUACAGGGUGAUGACACAACAUAUAGAUGUUCUGCAACAAGUGAAACUACUCAGACAUGGUCUCCUUCGAUUACUGCAAAAUGUUCAGAUACAGUUGAGACGGCCGACACUGGUAUGAUAGUGGGUAUUAUUGUUGCAGUUCUUGUUUUCAUUAUUAUCCUUGCUAUUAUUGUUGUUGUAGUCAAAAGGCGUAAGAACAGGAAGUAUGAUUCCAGUAAGGGACAGUAUGGGGCUCCUAAAGAGGAGGAAACUGUAAGUUAUAGUCGACCACAUAAACCAAGUACAGAACUAACUGGUGAGGGAGAGAAAAAACGAGCUAGUCAAGAAGACAGCUUAUAGAGAUAGGAACAAUUAUUUUGUAUAUUUUAUCAUUAUGCUUAAUGAAUGAAUGAAUGAAUGAAUGAACUACUGAAUGCAUGAAUGGAGCGAAAGAGUAUAACAGCUUUUAUAUAUGCAUGUCUUUAAAUGUUAAAUUGCUUAAAUGUUGUUAACAAUGGUUUGCUUUCAAGGUGUAAUACCACCAAAUCAUAGUACGUCACAUCCGGUUGCAUACGAAAAAGGGUCGAAAAAAAAUAUUCCCUUGAAUUUGACAGUUGUAGGUAAUAAAUCCUACAUUUCAUUGCAGUAAAAAAUUUCUUGGUCACAAACGUAUAUCUUGGGUAUUUCAAAGCACCAUUAUUUUUUUUUAUUUGGUUUUUCUUUUGAAUAUUUUGGAAAUGGUUAUUUUCUUAUAUGCAAUGAAAUGUUAUGUGAAAUUUUGUCCAUAGCACUGGACAGGAUUAAACUUUACUCAUGCCAAGUAUUUCUUUAUUUGAAACAAAAAUAAAUUCUGCACAAUUUUUUGAAAAGUGCAAAUAUAACAAAGACUAAUAGGGGGAAAUCAAUGGUGGUAUUACACUUCAAGAUUAUGAUGAAACAAUGUUCGAUGUAUGCUAAAACUCAAUGUGUAAGCGUUAGUUCGUCAAACUUAUCAUUUAUUUAGUAGUAUAGAAAAUACAUGCACACAAUGUCUUCUCAAACGAAAGCAUUUAUGUAAAAUCAUAUAUUAUUGUAAAUGUCAAUUACGGAUCUUCAAAAACGAACGUUGAUAAAAUAAACACUUGAUAUUUACAAUACAGUGUAUUACUUACCCUUUAAUAAAUCUUCUUUUCGUUUGAUGUAUUUGAAAACUUGAAUUGUUAAUUGUCAACAAUAAUUUCUUCUCUUUAGGAUUAUUUCUCUCCUUAUCUUUUAUUAUAUGAUUUAUACUUGUUAAUAUCAAUAAAACUUUAUCGAAUUUUAGCUUUGAGUGUGCCUGAAUAUUCUCCAGUACAAUAAGUCAUACUGCACUUCCUUAUAAAUGUUGACACACACUUCAUUUUUAUUUUGUUUAUCAUUUCAUGUUGUUUUUAUACUUUCAUGUAGCUAGUGUAUUAUACUCUUAAAAUGCAAAAUAGUUUACAAUUAUAUUUUUCCGAUCCUUUUAAUUGCAAUAAUUUGAAAAAAAGACAAGUAUUUUCUACCUCAAUAGCAUGUACUUUUAUGUGUUAAGAACAGAUUUACGGUUAUUUAAUAUUUUUGAGGCUCAAUGAUUGUUUUAGAGAAGAAGUUUUAAACCUGAAAUAGGUUGCAAAUUAAUACUUUUAUCGAGAAAGGCAGCAUUGGUGACGAAUUUGUAUCAAACACUUUUUUCUAUGUUGGUCAAACAUUUAAUGUAAUCAUGAUAAUACAUCAUUGCACCAAGGAUCCAUUGAUUAAAAUAUUCAACCAAACUUAAUUAAACAUACACUACUUGCCACCAUCAUGUAGCCAACUAACAAAGCUUUUUUUUCUUAAUAUCAUAUUUUCACUAUUAUUGUAUUGUACAUUGAUCAAAUUUAUUUUUCAUUUUACUUUUAACAUUUUUAUCUGUUUCAUUAUAUGUAAGGACAAUUAUGUAUAACCAUACUUAGAAUUAUAACGUACAUUAAAUCUAUGUACACCAUUUGAGACUAGGGAAUGUAAUCUUAUAUUAUAUGAACAUAUUUUGUAUACAUUAUUAUAAAAUUUUCAUAUAAAAAGAUAAAGAAAGAAAUAAAAAAUUACAACUCUA